UGGGAAGGAUUCGGGCGCGGCGCCCGCGGACGCGAAGCCGGAACUCCGGUCCUCCGCCCAUUGGUUGGCAUUCCGACCCCUGCAGGGGACUCUGCAGCCCGCGUGGCCGCGCCCUCCCGGAACUGGCCGGCGCCGCUGCGGUUCGAGCCAUGGAGGUCCUUCCCGCGGGCAGGACGUGGGACCCGCUGCAAGCCGAGGAGGAGGCGGCGGGGCACCCGGCGGGUGAAGGCGACCCGGAGCCGCAGCCCGACGGCCGCACGAGCCGCACGGCGUCCCUAGUGAGCGGGUUGCUCACCGAACUCUACAGCUGCACCGAGGAGGAGGAGGUGGCAGCGGGCGGGGACCGUGCGUCCCAGGGCCGUCCCCCGCGCAGGGACAGCCUGGACAGCUCCACCGAGACCUCGGGUUCCGACGUGUUCCUGGGCGGUCGUGGCGCUGGCGACUCUCGAGCGCUGCAGGAGCUGCGGGAGCGGCCGAGCCUGCGGCUCCAGAAGCAGUACCUGCAGCGGAAAGACUCCAGUGAGCUGAAGACCAUUCUUCGAGAGCUGAAAUACAGGAUUGGCAUCCAGUCGGCAAAGUUACUCCGGCAGCUAAAGCAGAAAGACAGGCUUCUGCAUAAAGUCCAGAAGAACUGCGACGUUGUAACAGCGUGCCUGCAGGCUGUGUCACAGAAGAGAAGAGUUGAUACAAAAUUGAAGUUCACACUUGAGCCAUCUUUGGGUCAAAAUGGUUUUCAGCAGUGGUAUGACGCUCUCAAGGCAGUGGCCAGGCUGUCAACGGGAAUCCCGAAGGAAUGGAGGAGAAAAGUGUGGCUGACCUUGGCGGAUCAUUAUUUGCACAGCAUCGCCAUAGACUGGGACAAAACCAUGCGCUUCACUUUUAACGAGAGAAGCAACCCAGACGACGACUCGAUGGGGAUUCAGAUCGUCAAGGAUCUGCAUCGCACAGGCUGUAGUUCCUACUGUGGCCAGGAGGCGGAGCAAGACAGGGUGGUGCUAAAGCGGGUGCUAUUGGCUUACGCCCGCUGGAACAAGAACGUCGGGUACUGCCAAGGCUUCAACAUCCUGGCUGCCCUCAUUCUGGAAGUGAUGGAGGGCAACGAGGGGGACGCGCUGAAGAUUAUGAUUUACCUGAUUGAUAAGGUACUCCCUGAAAGCUACUUUGUCAAUAAUCUCCGGGCACUGUCCGUGGAUAUGGCUGUCUUCAGAGAUCUCUUGAGACUGAAGCUCCCUGAGCUGUCUCAGCACCUUGACACCCUUCAGAGAACCGCAAACAAAGAGAGCGGAGGCGGAUACGAGCCCCCACUCACCAACGUCUUCACGAUGCAGUGGUUCCUCACACUCUUCGCCACGUGCCUCCCAAACCACACGGUUCUGAAGAUCUGGGACUCCGUGUUCUUUGAAGGCUCAGAGAUCAUCCUGAGGGUGUCGCUGGCUAUCUGGGCUAAACUCGGAGAGCAAAUAGAAUGUUGCGAAACCGCCGAUGAAUUCUACGGCACCAUGGGGCGCCUUACCCAGGAGAUGCUGGAGCAUGACCUCCUGCAGAGCCAUGAACUCAUGCAGACAGUUUAUUCGAUGGCCCCGUUCCCUUUCCCGCAGCUGGCAGAGUUGAGGGAAAAGUAUACCUACAACAUCACACCAUUUCCAGCCACAAUUAAGCCCAUUCCAGUUUCUGGGCGGCACAGUAAGGCCAGAGAUAGCGACGAUGAGAACAGCCCGGAUGACGAGGAUGCUGUCGCUAGUGCCGUGGGGUGCCUGGGACCGCUCAGUGGGCUCCUGGCACCUGAACUGCAGAAGUACCAAAAGCAGAUUAAAGGAGCGGAAGUGGCUGAGGAACAGUCCUUGAGAUGCAACAACAUCGCAGAGCUGAGCCCCGGAGCGAUCAAUUCCUGUCGAAGUGAAUACCACGCGGCGUUCAACAGCAUGAUGAUGGAGCGGAUGACUACCGACAUCAACGCCCUGAAGCGGCAGUACUCCCGGAUUAAGAAGAAGCAGCAGCAACAGCUGCACCAGGUGUACAUAAGGGCAGACAAAGGGCCAGUGACCAGCAUUCUCCCAUCUCAGGCAAAUAAUUCUCCAGUGAUCAACCAUCUUCUUCUAGGGAAAAAGAUGAAGAUUACAAACAGGGCAGCCAAGAAUGCGGUCAUCCACGUGCCUGGCCACGCAGGAGGGAAAAUAUCCCCUGUCCCCUAUGAAGACAUUAAGACAAAGCUCAACUCUCCGUGGCGGACUCACAUCCGAGUUCACAAAAAGAACAUGCCAAGGACCAAGAGUCAUCUGGGCUGCGGAGACACCAUAGGGCUGAUAGAAGAACAGAGCGAAGGCUGCAAGGCCAGCAGCCUGGGGGCAGCUGAGGAGUUUCCCUCCGGUUGUGCAGUAACAGCUCACAGAGAAGGCAGCAGAGAUAACUGUGACAGCGGCACUCCGAGGACAAUCGAAGGGCAGUCUCCGGAGCCGGUAUUUGGGGAUGCUGACGUUGACGUGGCUGCAGUUCAGGUGAAAUUAGAAACCUUGGAACUGAACCAAAGGGAUGUCACAGCAGCAACUGAGCCUGGGGUGCAGGUGCCCUGCCAGCGGCAUGCCCCAGCGUUAGCCGAUGCCCCCAGAGAAAACCAGACUGCCAGCAAACCUCUCCCAGGAAGCAACUCCAAACCCCCAAUCUUCAGCCCCUUUCCCAGUGUCAAGCCACUGCGAAAGUCAGCCACGGCCAGGAAUUUGGGGUUAUAUGGCCCCACAGAAAGAACCCCAACCAUGCACUUCCCUCAGAUGAGCAGGGGCUUCAGCAAGGCGGGCAUUGGGAAUAGCAGCACCAAGAAGCGAUGAUGACGCCUCCUGGCGGCUUGGAGUAUAGACCUACGCACAGGGCGUGGCAGGGCGUGGCAGGGCGGCCAGAGCACGCUAGCUACGCCCUUCCUGUUCCAUUUGUCCAAUAAGAAUGAACUGAGAGGUUCGGAGCUGAGCCCCAUCAGCCCCAUCAAAACGGGAUUUGGAAGUUCCGUGGUGGGGAGCAGAUGGGACUCCAUCUGCUGGGUAACGGUAAAGUGGAUUCUUGUGACUAAAUAAAUUUCAUGCUUCUCAAGUAUGGAGUUCUCCAACUUUCCUUGUGAGCUCUCUAGAAAAGACAAUCUGUAGACUGUUAAGCCCUCUUCUGGCCUUCUCAGGGCCUCUGUGGAUCCCUGAAACACCACAUUCCCUGGCCUUUCUGUCCUCUGGACGUCACUGAUACUCAAGCAUGAGCAAACACCAGCUUGCUAGAACUAAAACUGUAGAACGUAAGUUUCUUCGUUGCAGAAAACUUCCUGAUGUUCCUCUUUCUGCUCUGUUGGGGAGGGGAGGGAAUUUGUGUGUAUGAGCAAGAGUGGCUGUGUGUGCUUGUGUAAACAAGUGUGUGUGUGUUUGUGCGCGUGUGCACGCACGAGUGUAUGCACACGUGUGUGUGUUUGUACUUUAACAUUUGUCUUCAGAUUAUUUUUUAUUUAUAUGCUAAAGCGUAGCAAAAAUGUCAAGGUAGCCUUUACCUUUCUAUUUCUACCUGUGAAAAAGAAAAUCUGUAAAUCAGUUGAAAUUGGAGUUAAUAACCAAAUUGAAGACCAUACGCAGAGACACACUUGGGCUAUGCACUAAGCAACUGCUCUGAACGGUUUGCUGAUUUCCACCUUUCCCGAAGCUCAUUUUUUUUUCUCACACGGACUCGAUGGGCUCCAGCAUCCUCCGAAGGUGAUUCCAAUAGCUACCAGCUCUCUCUCUCUUACAAAUGCACAGCUCAAAACCGGAACACCGCACUGUGACUGUUACUUGAAUUUUGUGGUUUCCGGUUGCAGUCCUUUGUUACUUUGUUACUUGAACACUGCCUUUCUCUGGAGGAAGCCCUCCUCCCCCACCACUUCCUUUCUGUGGUUCCACUCUGGUCCCCACAGAUCAGAGAGAGCAUCUUUUGUCUCUACUAUGCAGUUGGGAACGCUGAGCCACACAGGUUAAGUGGCACUUCAGUAACUCAAGGUAAAUAAUCCAGUGUUUCACAGGAUCUAACUGUGUUUCUUUUAGUACGAUAAGCUGGUUUAUUGCUCUUUGUCCACGUGCACUGACUACAGAGCUUAUGCGAGCCAAGACUAGGAAGCCAUUGAAAACACAGCCUCCUGACUCAAAGGCUCUUUCUCUAGAUGGUAUAGAGUCCCGGAAUGAUGUGCACAGAAUGUGUAGUGAAACUGCCUCACCAUGAAAAUUAAGUUCUUUAUCAACAUGCUUCAAGCGUCUAUCCUUUGGAUAAAUGAAGGGCUCGCCACUCAGUCCCCACCAUCAUUAGCAGAACACGGUGACAUCUUUACCUUCAGUCCCCAUUCUACUUUGCAUGCCACCCCCAGAUGAUGGUACCCACUGUUUUCCAAAGUUAAGCACAAGAACAGAAUUUCUUUUAUUUACUAAACUUUGUUUAUAAUGGCCAUCUCAUUAUUAUCUUUUCUACUGGUCAUUCCAAUUAAGCACUCCCUCCAACCCCAUGGUCUGACUUGAAUAGAAAUUGGUUCUCUCUCUAUUGAGCCUCCUGGCUCCUUGAGGGUCUAGGUGUUUGGAGGGAGGAAAUAGGUGAUCAGGUGGGGCUGUCUGUCAACUGUUCUCUCAGUAUCUCUUCCCACUAUGUCUUGAGAAAGAGCCGCAUGAGACAGCACAGGGUAUGGGUGAGAAUCGGUUGAAUGAAGAGGUGGAAGAAUUUUAUUUUAUUUAUUUAUUUUUUUUGUGGUAAAAAUGACCAUGCCAAUUUAGGAAACUCAACAGCUUCCUGUCAAAGCUCUCUGUACUGAUUAUGUGCAUGCACCCCAUACCAGGUAAUCACAAUGUGAACCGACGAACUUCUGAGCUUGCCACUUAGAGAACAAGAACUCUGUAAUGGCCUCCCCUCCCCCUCCCCACAGCAUGUACAAAGGGGCGGUUACCGACUGGCCGUCUUCCCCACGUGUCGGACACUGUAUGCAAACACCGGAAGAACUUAAUACUUGCAGUUCAUUUCCGAGUCUGCCUGUACCCUUUCAGCACUUUUCUGGAAGUCCACUGCACCUCAGUCCUCUCCAAAAAGAUCUAGAUCUAAACCUAGUUUGUAAUGUCGACCUAUGGCUGUAACUGUUUGGAACAACGUUCUCUUUCUCUCACGUGUCUUGUUCUGAAGAACUGUACUGA